AUGGGCACUAGCAUUGAUAAUGGUGUGCCAGUCCCUGAAGAUUUGACGCUGGAGAUUCUACAAAGGUUGCCUGUUAAGUCAUUGUUGCGGUUCAAAUGCAUAAGCAAGAAUUGGUACAAUCUUAUCAAUAGCCCUGUCUUUGUACGUAAACACUAUAAUUAUCACGGAAGCAACAAACGCCCCAAAAUACUAUUUCAUGACUUCGACGAAGAUGCAUCCAAUGAUACGAUUCGUAUGACCAUAAUUUCGGAGGAUGAUUCAGAAGGAGGAGGAGGAACCCCUUUAAUUGAAAAACCUCAUCAUCUUCGGGGUUUUGGUGUUGAUAUGUCAUUGGAUGGUCCUGUGGAUGGCGUGUUUUUGUUUAAUGGAACAAAGUCGAAAACUGAAUAUGACCCUUUUUUGGGACUGUGGAAUCCUGCAACCAGGGUGGUAACCACUCUCCCUCCAUUCCACUUCAAGCCUCAACCAGCACUUCUCCAAGAUAUUGGCGCAUACAUCUUGUAA